AUGUAAAAGCCUUAAAUUAUGAUAGUUGAUGUUUAUCUCUUUUUUAUCACUCUAUUCCUCAUCAAUACAAUCCAUUAAUAUGAUUAAAAUACCUUAAUAAAUACAGAAAGUCUAAUACAUAAAAGCUACUGAUUUUUGUCUGUAUAAGUACCUUUUCCUUGGGAAAUCAACUAACCAGAUGAAGAACAUUUAAAAAUAUUAGAUUAAAAUGAAACUGAUUUAAUUGAAGGUUACUCUUUAACAAUAAAACCUAAAUAGAAAAGAAAAUUUAGUAAUGGAAUUACUAGAGAAGAAUUAGGUCAAGUUGGAUGGACUAGAUUACAUAUGAUUUCAGCUAUACUUCCUGUUAAUUUUGAUGAGGAAUUCACAUUUAAAAUCAAUGCUUUUUCGAAUUUAUUGUAAAUGAAAAAUGUUAUUUUUAUGGACAAUUCCUUGUUAAGAGUGUGCUGGACAUUUUAUAAUUUGACUAUCAUUUUACCAAAUGAAGGAAGUACGAAAGUCGAAUUUAUGUCAUAUCUUUGUAUGUUGCAUAAUUAAGUAAAUGAAAGAUUGCAAAAAGUAUAUUAAUAUUAUAAGAUUAGCCAAUUUCAAAUUGUAGUGAAAUAAAUAAAAAUGGGGUGAAGAUUGUAUUUGCAAAAGUGACUGUAAAGAAGAGCAUUACAAAUUCAGUAAGGGAUAAAAUUGAUGAUAUAGAAUUAUAAAUCAAUUGA